GUACUUUUUUGCAUUGUUGAAUUUGUGAUUCUUUUAUAUUAAACAGUGUUGAUUUUUUGCUACAAAAGUGCAUGACAAUUACAAAUUUGUUGAAGUGCUAAAGAAAUGAUGAUUUAACCGAUACAAAAGUGCAUUUUUUUUAAUUUUUCUAAUAAUCCUCAUCUUAUACGAUGUAUAGUUUUGGAAAUCCAAAGAAUUUAAGCAAGAAUCUUUUGUGAAGAAAAAGAAUAGAAGAAAGGGAAGGAAUGAAGGCGUAGCUAUGGGGACAUAUACUGGAGGAUCAAUUCCUUUCUCUGAACACCUUGCCCGAUUGGCUCAAAAGUCUGAAGCUCCAGUAACAGUGGUGGAUGCUUUCAAGCACACCAAGACGAAGAAAUAUGAUGGGAAAACAUGGAUAGAUCCAGAAAAUGCACAACUUGAGGCUGAUUUUGUACAAUUGAAACAAAUGGCUGAGGAAUCAUGCCUUCAAAUCACGGAUCAAGAGAUUUGGUUUGAGUUAGUUGGUGGCUUUGAUCAAAAGAAUAGGGUUAAGGGAGUCGGAGAUCUUUCCGAAGAAAUGAAACCCCUUAAACCUAUAUAUCAAAGUAGAAGAAAGAGCACUAGUGAUAUUUCGGAGAUUGAGCGGUUGAGAGCGGAGAACGAAGUCAUGAAGGCAAGGUUAGAUAAGAUUGAGUUGACAGUUGCUAAACAAAUUCGAAUGAUGUGUGGUGGAAAUCUUCCGACACCUCGAGACCCUGAUGAUGGGAUGAGAGGCUCAGGAAAUGGUUGUGUCGCAUGAAUAGCUUAUGACAAUCAUGUGUUUUAUUGAACAUUGUCUUGUUCUUAAAAAUGAAUUUAAUUGAUUUGUGUUUUAAUUAAUAUUGUGUUGUGAU